AUGGCGUCCGAGAACGACAACUCCGACAACCUGCCUCCGGAUCUCCAAAUUCUCGGCGAUGAAAUCACCCUCCAGCCCAGCGGCCUCGUCGAGUCGCGGAGCCGGAGCGACGAGAAGGAACAUGCUCUUAUGAAGAACACGGCCCGUUUCCGCUCCGAGCCCCUACAAUUCCUCCGCGAAGUCUCUCUCUACGUCUCCGGCACAGGAUGGCGCGCCUACGACCACAUCAUCGGCCAGCCCAUCUACUACCCAGGCUUCACCGAGCACAUAUCGAACCUGAUCCUCUCCGCGCCCCUGCUGCAGUCCCGCAUCGCCGAGCUGGCCGAGAAGCGCCUCCGCGUCGAGGAGGAGCAGGGCAUCCUCGAUGUCCAGGACCCGGCCUACCACGUCAAGCGCGCCCAGCGCCGCUCCGAGCUCGAGACCGGCCUGCAGCAGGUGGCCGAGAAGCUGACGGACAACAUGAUUUGCAAGUUUGAGAGCAAGCCCUUCAUCCGCGGCGCCUACUACCUCGUCACCCAGCUCACCCUGCGCGCCUAUCACCAGGGCAUCCACGUCUCCAGCGAAGAGGUCGUGCGCCUGCGCCGCGUCGCCGAAAUCGCCCAGCGCAAACGCCAGAGCAUCAUCUUCCUCCCCUGCCACCGCUCCCACGUCGACUACGUCUCCUCCAGGUCAUCUGCUACCGCCUCGGCCUCUCUCUGCCCACCGUCGUCGCUGUUUGGCAUCCUCAGCUUCGUCCUCGACAGCCUGCUCUCCGGCCGCGUCCAGGACGCCAUCAUCUGCCCCGUCAGCACCCAGUACGACAAGGUCAUCGAGACCGAGGGCUACGUCACCGAGCUCCUCGGCGUCCCCAAAAGAAGGAGAACCUGGCCGACUUCCUCACCGGCGGCUCCUCCAUCCUCUCCCUCCGCCUCGGCCGCGUCGACGUGCGCUUCCACGAACCCUGGAGCCUGCGCGAGUCCUCGCCGUCCGCCACAAGCUGCUGCGCUCCUCGGCUACCGCGUCCUCUCCGACAUCAACGACGUGUCCGUCGUCAUGCCCACCGCCCUCAUCGGCACCGUCCUCCUCACCCUGCGCGGCCGCGGCGUGGGCCGCCAGGAGCUCGCCCGCCGCGUCGAGUGGCUGACGGCCCGCGUCCGCGCCAAGGGCGGCCGCGUCGCCCAUUUCGGCAACGCCCCGCUCUCCGAGAUUAUCGAGCGCGGGCUCGACGUGCUCGGCCGCGACCUCGUCGGCGUCGUCGACGGCCUCGCCGAGCCCACCUACUACGCCGUCGACCGCUUCCAGCUCUCCUUUUACCGCAACAUGACGAUCCACCUCUUUGUCUCCGAGGCCCUUGUCAGCGCCGCCAUGUACACCCGCGUCAAGCGCGGCGGCGGCUCCGCCAUCCAGGACAUUAGCUACGCCGAGCUGCGCGACCAGGUCCUCUUCCUCUCCUCCCUCUUCCGCGGCGAGUUCAUCUUUUCCGGCGAGGGCCUCGCCGUCAACUUGAAAAGACGCUGCUCGGCCUCGAGGCCGACGGCGCGCGCCGGUCGGGAGAAUUACGAUUUUUACUGCUUUCUCAUUUGGCCCUUUAUCGAGGCGAGCUGGCUCGCGGCUGUCUCGCUCAUGGGCUUGUCGCCUGUGCUUGGGGAGACGGAGGAUGUUUGGGUCGAGGUGGCCAAGGCCCAGAAUAGCGCGCAAGUACUCGGCAAAACACUAUACCACCAGGGCGACCUCAGCUACUUUGAAGCCGUCAACAAGGAAACCAUUAAAAACUCGUUUCAGCGCUUCGAGGAGGAAGGCAUCCUCCAAGUCGUGCCCUCCAAGAACCCCAAGGUCCCGCCCCGGCUGCGCCUCGCCCCGGAUCUCACCGACGCGCUGGGCCGCCAGCUGCAGGAGGAGGCCAAGGCGGACAAGGGCAACGUGCCCCACCGGCUUAGUCGGGAGGAAGAGGAGACGCUGGCGAAAAAGGUCAAGGAUAGUCGGGGGCGGAAGAAGUUGACGACGAGGGCGAACUUGUAG